AUGAAUAAAACAUAUUAUUCUUCGGUGUCUGAAUUUGUGUUCCUGGGACUUUCUACCUCUAGACCAGUGCAGCAUGUCCUCCUUGUCUUCUCUCUGGUGCUUUAUGUCACAAUUUUUCUGGGAAACCUCACUGUUGUGCUUACAGUGAUCUUUGCUCCUCAUUUACAUUCACCCAUGUACUUUCUUCUAGCCAACCUCUCAUUCAUUGAUUUGUGUCUUUCUACCUUAACAGUUCCUAAGAUGAUUUCUGACCUGUUCUCUGGGAAUAAGACCAUAUCUUUCCAGGGGUGCAUUGUUCAAAUAUUUGGUAUUCAUAUCCUGGGUGGCUCUGAGAUGGUGCUACUCAUUUCUAUGGCCCUGGACCGGUAUGUGGCCAUAUGUAAGCCUCUCCACUACAUGACUAUCAUGAACCCACGCGUGUGCAUUUUGCUUUUAUGUGGUGCUUGGACUAUUGGCUUCAUUCAUGCAGUAGCUCAGUUAGCUUUUGUUGUCCACCUGCCAUUUUGUGGUCCUAAUGAGAUUGAUAGUUUUUACUGUGACCUUCCUUGGUUUAUAAAACUUGCCUGCGCAGACACCUAUGGAUUGGAAUUUAUGGUGACUGCCAACAGCGGGUUCAUUUCCAUGGGAACCUUCUUCUUAUUGAUUAUUUCCUACAUAUACAUCUUGAUCACUGUAUGGAAAUGCUCUUCAGUUGGUUUGUCUAAGGCUCUCUCUACCCUAUCAGCUCACAUCACUGUGGUGGUUUUAUUCUUUGGACCAUGUAUUGUCAUUUACAUGUGGCCAUUUCCCACAGUGCCAGUGGAUAAGUUUCUUGCCAUUUUGGACUUUAUGAUUACACCCAUUAUGAAUCCUGCUAUUUAUACUUUGAGGAAUAAAGAGAUGAAGCUAGCAAUGAGGAGACUGAGUAGUCAAUUCCUCACAUUGAGGGUAUCUCCUAAGUAA